UCAUCAUGGCUAAGAGGUACACCGAGAAUCCAUGCAAUACUGCAGAUACGCUGUCCUGGUUAUUGGCAUGACAUUAGAUAGUAUGUCGUCAGCCAAUCGAUGCUCAUCAAGGAGAUGGAGGAGAGAUUGCAAGCUAGUGGGCCUUUGACUUAAAUGAUGCGGUUAUAUGAUCGUCGGUAGGCUCGACGGAAAGUCAAGUGUGGAAUUGGACGAAAAUGGACUCAACGCCUGGAAGAAAACCGAACAAGGCGCCAUGUUCCUGGAAAACUACGAUUUUAUGCUCGAUGAACCCGAUCGUCGACGAUCGGGACGUGCCACGCACCAUGCCUGUGGUGAACCGUCCAUUAAACUGCUCAAAGAACAAUUCUCGGUAGCCGCCAUGAAAAGAUCCAGUUCCAAUGAAUCCGCUUCUGCGGACUCGGACGCUUCCCCCACGCGACACCACGCUCAAGAAACCACCACCGAGGGAAUCAACCCCAAGAUAAAAAUGAGCCGAACCGAUCGCGAGAAAGCGCGUAAGAAACUGUCCUUAUCUUCAGCAGACAAAUGGACCGUCGAGUCCAACUCGUCCAUUGUGACGCGAUCCGAUCAAACCGCUUCACCGAGUUCCCGCGCAACAACCGAUAAUACUUCAUCAGCAGCAACACUGACCACUUUGCCACAUACCGCGACUAAAAAGAAAAAGGUGACAAAGAAGGAAUUAUUACCAGAAGAUGUAUUCCCGUUACGGCUAGAUAAGAAAGAUCUCGUAUUUAUGCAAUCGUCCUUGGGAGAAGGCGAGCACGGGCAAGUGGCAGUGGCCAAGUAUGGCGGCCUUCUUGUAGCUUGCAAGUGUCGAAGGUCUAAUCAAUCUCAGCUUGUCUAUAACCGUAACAUCCUCCACGAACUCAGAUAUGCUGCGAAACUAUCCAUGGGACGCUUUAUCAACCCUUAUAUCGGCGUGUUCAAGGCCGAACUUUCGGAAAUCCUUUGCAGCGACGUAGAACACAAUCAAAGAUCUCCUACCGAAAAGCAAACCAACACCAUUGACUAUUUCAUCGUGCAACGUUACUAUGAAAAUGGUGAUCUACGUGACUAUCUCCACAAACUUGGUAGACCACUUCAUCCUUGUGAAGUUCUUACUAUGGCCAUUUCUCUUUUUUCCGCCGUUACAGAUGCGCAUCAUCUCAAUAUUGGUAUUGUCGAUUUGAAAAUGGAAAAUAUGCUGGAAAGUCUUUUGUAUUCCUUUUCCCCGAUUUCGUUUGUUGCAACCAUGUAUUAAUCCGUCAUAUCAUUCACAACAAUAGGUUGACGGUAUUGGAGCUGUUUGGUUGACGGAUUUUGGGUAACCAUAGCAACCACGAUUGAUACAUGGCUCUUGGGUGGUCGAGAUACAUAUAUCCAU